AUGGGUCCGGUGCCACCGGGAAACACUGUGCGCAAGAAACAAGCAGCUGAUCAGCCACAGUGGAAACCUGAGUUUAUGGGUGAAGUUAAUAUGCAUGUUUUUGAGGACUGGUGUGGAGGAUCUGUCGAUCAUCUAAAAAAGAAUGAAUUGUUCCCUCUUUUACCCCAUACACGCACCACGAUAAAGAAGCUUGCUGUUCAUCCCAGACGGAGUAACUAUGGACUGAGAAUCUUUGGAUACAUUCAUCCAUCAGUAAGUGGAGAAUAUAUUUUUGCCAUUGCCUCUGAUAAAAACUCUGAGUUCUGGCUUAGUGAUGAUGAAAGCAUUAAAAAUAUCAAACUUCUGGCGUACCUGGGCAAGACUGGAACAGAAUGGACCGCUCCAGGAGAGUUUGAGAAAUUUGCAUCCCAGUUGUCUCAGCCUGUACGGCUGGCAGAAGACAAGAGAUACUUCUUUGAAAUCAUCUACAAACAAAGUAAAGGAAUGGAUCACAUGGAAGCUGCUUGGCGCCUCAACAAUGACAGCUGUAGUUUUGAAAUUAUUUCAGCAAACCACCUGUCACUCUACGCUGAUGAGACUUUUCUGUUGUCGGGGAACACUGAUCACAUCCCCCUAACUGCAGCCAAUAAGAUCACAGGUUCUGAUGUGUCUGAGGUGGACAUGAUCAAAGAAGAUCCUCGAGAUCUUAUCUUCAAGAUUCCCCUGGUGAAGGAAUCUGAUCUGCAGGGUGUGUUUCCUGAAUGCAAUUACAAGCCACUUUAUUUAUUUGACAACCCGACCAUCGAGAGAUACGACGGUAUAAAUUAUGUUCGCUACUCUUCAGUGUAUCCCAAUGACCAUACGAGACUAUCCGAUGAUGACAUUGGGGCUCAGCUUUGUUUUUACAAAAAGGAUGAAACCUAUACAGAGAGUGGUGGAUUUGUUUCAUAUUUGGACCUCGAAGACAAAAGACAAAGAGAAAAAGGCAUUGAACCAGAAACACCCGUAACAGGGAGGCCAGACCUCAAACAGAUCUUGAAUGUCAGACCCGUGGAUUUCCAUUCAAAGCAGAAUGAUUUUGUCAUUCAUACCUGCAACAGAACUGGAAAUAUAAUCAUGCUGAGAAAAGAGGUCAUGCCUGUGGUCAAAAGCUUUAUGAGACGACUUCAAUCAAAGCCUGACAAUGAUCUGAUCCUGAAGCGAGUGCUCAAUGUGGAAAAGAAGGCGAAUUCUACUAAAGGCUACAGUCGCUACCUGCUAGAGCUGGAGAUGGAAAACGGACAGGGACAAAACGUUCUGAUCUCGAAGUAUUUCUACGCUACAAGUCAGAAGACAAAUGAGAAGCUGCCAGCUCUGUGCAGCCCGAAAGAUUUCUCCUGGAACCCAGAAGCAAAAGUUUCUGUUAUUAUGGCAGUGAAAAACCAGGGGAGAUGGGUCAAGCAUUUUAUUAAAGAGAUGGAGAACAUAUACAGAGCCACAGGAGACAAAAACUUUGAUGUCAUCAUUGUGGACUUCAGCAGCAUUGACAUCAACGUAGAGGAGGAACUAAAAAAGGCGGAUCUGCCAAGCUACAAGUUUAAGAGACUGCACAGAAACUUUGGUAGAUCACCUGGACUUCAAGCAGCAAUUGAACUUAUUGAAGACGACAACAGUAUUUUGUUCUUGUGUGACCUGCACCUCCACUUUCCAGUCUCAAUAAUAGACAGUGUGCGUAAACACUGCGUACCUGGAAAAAUGGUGUUUGCUCCUGUUCUGAUGAGACUGAACUGUGGAGCCACAAUGCAAGACCCUAAAGGUUUCUGGGAAACUCAAGGUUAUGGUCUGGUGGGAAUCUACAAAACAGACAUCGACCGAAUUGGUGGCAUGAACACUAAAGAAUUUACAGACAAGUGGGGAGGAGAGGACUGGGAGUUGCUGGACCGAAUCGUACUGCACAAGCUGGAGGUGGAACGACUGAGUAUUAGGAAUUUUUUACACUUCUUCCAUUCAAAACAGGGCAUGUGGAACACAGCUUAAGGAACAGACGGUGAAUGGGUGAAUGUUCAGGCUGUAGAUACUUACAGCCACGCUCAAUACCCUACAUGCACAGUGCCAGUUUAAGCCAUCUUUGUCCAGGUACAUGUUAGAGGAUAACAUGAGUUUCAGGAUUCAGUUUACUGGCCUCCACCAGCAGC